AAUCAUCAGCCUUUCUAAGCGGAAACUCGCAGCUUUAGCCAUUCUUACCCAAUUGGCGCCUGGCACCAAUGUUUUCCGUGCGUUUUGAACUGGAACACGGUCCAAGUUUGUGACUUGUUUUAACAGUACCCCAAAGUGGUUUGCAACCGAGAAACCACACGGUGACAAGGAAUUUUGAAACGAUGUUUCAGAGGAUUGAAAGGAGACUCAAUUCAUAAAGAAGAGAUGUUCCAUGAAAAAAACGAGCUCGAUCUUGAUCGUUGCGUUGCGUUGUUUGCAAGACAGCACAGUUAGCUCGUGUAGUUAUUUAUCCGAAUUGGUUAAAUAGGGACUUCUGUGUUGUUGGUUGAAUAGAAUUGUCACUUGGGCCAAGAUUCGUUCACUUACAAAUAAACGAUUGGUCCCCCGCAGCCUCUUGCCAUGGGUGACAACAGCAUAGUGACUUUUGGGACAGCAAGGAGUCUUUUGGUGGAUUCUUCCGUAUAUGAUUCAAGGAUUGAAGAAACUACCAACGACCAUGUAUUUCUUGGCAUGGCAUGUGACGAUGGGGAAGGUAGACCUCCUAAAGUGAAGACAAGGAUUGUUCUCGUCGGAGAAGCAAGCAAAGAUGCCAAGCUAGUCAAUUCACUGCAGGCUGUACGAGUAAUGGAGGUACCUGUGGUGAAGAUUGGAGGAGCCCAAUCCUGUCCAGAAGAGAAAAUAAUUAUCAAGUCCAUUGUCAAUAUGGAAAUCACUCUUCCAUUCACUAUAACGGACAACAUCCAGGAGUUUAGUGAAGAAGAGAACACUGAAUUUGAGACAGUGUUUGUUCUCACUGACUUUAAAUCUCCAGAUUAUCGUGACCUCUACAAACGCGAUCACAGGAUUAUUGGUCCUCCUGUUGUGCUGCGAUGUGUUUUAAAGGAGGAGCCAAUACCAUUUUCUUGUCGCCCCCUGUACUCCACCACGAUGAUGAAUCUGUCAUUAUGUUUUACUGGCUUUAGGAAUAAAGAAGAAUUGAAAAACUUGGUCAGUCUGGUUCAUCACAUGGGGGGGAUCAUUCGGAAAGACUUCAGCACCAAGGUUACACACCUCAUAGCCCAUUCCACUCAUGGAGAGAAAUACAAGUUGGCAGUGUGUAUGGGGACGCCCAUCCUUACUCCAUCAUGGAUAUACAAAGCUUGGGAGAGAAGGAAUGACGAGUCAUUCCACGCAGGAGAGGAGGAUUUUCGAACAGAAUUCAAAGUUCCUCCAUUCCAAGACUGCAUCCUCAGUUUUUGGGGGUUUUCAGAAGAAGAGAGAACAAACAUGGAAGAGAGGACUCUUAAACAUGGUGGCCAAUAUCUGGAUGUUGGAAAUGAAAGCUGUACACACUUGGUGGUGGAUGACAAUUCAGUGAAGGAGCUGCCGUAUUGUUCUUUGAACAUCUUUGUUGUCAAGCAAGAGUGGUUUUGGGGAAGCAUCCAAAUGGAUGCUCGAGCUGGAGAGUCCAUGUACCGCUAUGUAAAGAAUGUCAGCCCAACCAUGAAGAAAACGGGGUCUCUCCUCUCCCUGUCAACCCCUAAUUGUAAGCGCAAGUGUCGGCUUUUAAGCGACACGCUUGUUCAUCUGACAAAGGAGGCAGAGAUAUCGCCCUUCCCUCUGCCACCUAAAAGGCCAUCACCAGAACUUUCGCUUACAAUGGGCUCUUUGCUGGACAUAACAAUCACGCCUGACACAAGUAAACCCUUUACAGCUUACCCUCUUCCAGUGAGUUCAAAGCCAUCAAAGAAUGCUGUCCUGCCCAAGCUAUCAGCCCGGUGGCAAGUUUCCAAAGAGCUCUAUCAAACUGAAAGCAACUAUGUUGACAUUUUGAACACUGUACUCCAGAUUUUCAAGCUUCCAUUAGAAAAAGAAGGUCAGGUGGGUGGACCUAUCCUGGCUCCAGAAGAAAUUAAGGCAAUAUUUGGAAGCAUCCCCGAUAUAUAUGAGGUUCACACCAGAAUAAAGAGUGACCUUGAGGACCUUCUGAGAGCUUGGUCAGAAGAAAAAAGUGUAGGAGAUAUUGUCCUUAAAUAUUCAAAAGACCUUGUGAAGGCCUACCCACCCUUUGUCAAUUUCUUUGAAAUGAGCAAGGAUACUAUUGUUCGAUGUGAGAAACAAAAGCCACGCUUCCAUGCAUUUCUUAAGAUCAACCAGGCCAAGCCAGAAUGUGGACGACAGGCGCUAGUCGAGCUGCUCAUCAGACCUGUACAGAGACUUCCUAGUGUGGCUCUACUUCUAAAUGACAUAAAGAAGCACACAUCAGAUGAGAACCCAGACAAGAUAAAACUGGACAAUGCAAUUGAGUCACUAAAAGAGGUUAUGACCCACAUUAACGAGGACAAGAGGAAGACAGAUGGGCAGAAGCAGAUCUUUGAUGUUGUUUAUGACGUUGACGGCUGUCCCGCCAACUUGCUAUCCUCCCAUCGGAGUUUGGUUUACAAAGUGGAAACCAUUGCACUCGGAGACCGACCAUGUGACCGUGGUGAACAUGUCACACUCUUCCUCUUCAGUGAUUGUCUGGAGAUUGCAAGGAAGCGACACAAAGUUAUCAAUACUUUUAAGAGUCCGCUGGGACAAACCAGACUGCCACCUCCACUGAAGCACAUCACUUUGAUGCCACUGUCACAGAUUCGAAGAGUUCUGGACCUCCAAGACACAGAAGAAUGUGUGAAUGCUUUUGCUUUAGUUGUUCGCCCGCCGACCGAACAGGAGAACAUGUUGUUCAGCUUUCAGUUAGCUGGAGAGGAAACAGAGAAAUGUGAUUGGCUUCGAACACUUUGUCGACAUGUAGCCAACACCAUCUGCCGGACUGAUGCGGCUGAACUUAUUCACUGUACAGACCCAGACUCACUGCAAGUCAGUACUAAAGACAUGGACAGUACCCUCAGCAAAGCCUCAAGAGCUAUCAAAAAGACAUCCAAAAAGGUGACAAGAGCAUUUUCGUUUACAAAGACACCAAAGCGUGUCAUCCAGAGGGCAUUUAUGUCCAGCAGUACCCCAGAUGAUAAAAAACAGCGACUGAGCUCUGAAAACCCCAGCACCUUGACCCUGGCUUUUUCAGGACAUCAUUCUCCACCCAUGGCGAAGCUAGCAUCCACGUUUGAGAGCAAGUACCACACCUUCAGUCAGUCAACAAGUCAACUAUUUUGAGACCUGCCCUCUCAGGACCACAAGCUAGGGCCAAUCUUUUAAAUGUCAAGUUAUGUGUAGGAUUCAGCAUUUGUGUGAUAAUGCAAAAUCAAAAUCACCAAUACAAUUACUGUAUUCGUAUUAAAGUAGGUACAACAUAAUUUUGGAAAAAAAAAGUAGUGUGUGUGUGUGUGUGUGUGUGUGUGUGUGUGUGUGUGUG